CAGUUUAACAGUAAAACAAGAGAUGGGUUUACUGUGAACACAAAAGUGCCCAGUCUCAAGGAUCAAGGGAAAGAAUAUGAUGGAUUUACAAUUACAAUAACAGGAGAUAAAGUGGGGAACAUACUAUUUUCGGUAGAAACUCAGACAACAGAAGAGAGAACACAGCUGUAUCAUGCAGAAAUAGAUGCGCUAUAUAAGGAUCUAACAGCUAAAGGAAAAAUUCUAAUUCUGUCUGCAGAGCUGGGGGAAGUAGAUGCUGUUUGCAACUUGAUCCUGUCAUUAGUUUAUUACUUCUAUAAUUUAAUGCCACUUUCAAGAGGAUCUAGUGUGAUAGCUUAUUCAGUGAUCAUGGGAGCACUAAUGGCAAGUGGAAAAGAAGUAUCAGGAAAAAUCCCUAAAGGGAAGCUGGUUGAUUUUGAAGCAAUGACGGCACCAGGGUCUGAAGCUUUUAGCAAAAUAGCAAGGAGCUGGAUGAAUCUAAAAAGUAUUUCACCUUCUUACAAGACCCUACCAUCAGUAUCGGAGACUUUUCCAACCCUGAGAACAAUGAUUGAAGUACUAAAUACAGACUCAUCUCAUUGUCUAAAAAAAACUAUAGUUGUUGUAUAA